AUGUGUAUGCCAACGCCUAAUAAUGUUUCGGGCUUCGGUUACUCGUGGGGCUUUACGAGUUCCGCGGACCUUACUAAAGGCGAGGUGGAGACCCCAAGCAGUUUGAGUUAUACUUUGGGAAAUACGGUAUCCCCGGAGACAACUCUGACUGUUAUGUCUACAAAUAAGCCCCAGGUCCAAGAGAAAGUAGGUGCAGUUACAGUGGCCGUCUCAAAUUCUGGUGCACAACUAACAAGAGUUGUAACAUCAGGUACUCCAUUAACAGGCAGGCGGGCUAUGUUUGUAGUCAAUGAUGCACCUGCACAUACAUUAAACAGGGUAUCUCAGCAAAAUCAGACAGCCACCAUACAAACAACCAAUUUAGCAUCUAAACCGUUCAUGACUCCACUCGGACCUAUCCAGUUAACUGCCGAAGAAUGUAACGAAAUACUAAUGAAAAGAGCCCUUCAAGCUCAAGGAAUACCAACUCCUGUCAUAGACGCAUCGCAACUUAACCACACGUUAUUGAAUGGAAGUUUAAAGAGUUUGGCCGAGGCAACAUCGCAGCAAACGCAGGCUGACACAAUUCAGACGACUGUUCAUCCACAUCAUUUGCUGCAUACGAAGCAGGAGCCAGGGACAACGAACAAUUCGCCUAAAGCGGUUUAUUCGCAGACGGAGUUGCUAAAUACAAACACGAUGGUGACGUCACAGCCUCCAGCCGUGGUUAAGGAGCGGCCGUACUCUUGCGGAGAGUGUGGCAAAUCGUUUCUGCUAAAACACCACUUAACUACACAUGCGAGAGUGCAUACUGGUGAGAGACCACACGUGUGCGCCCAUUGUGGAAAAGCUUUCGCCCGCAAACAUUGCCUCAACACUCACCUGUUACUACAUUCAGCGGAUCGGCCGUACAGGUGUCAUGAAUGUAAAAUGGCGUUCACAUUGAAACAUCACCUUGUUACGCAUUCUAGGGUACACAGCCGUGAUCGACCGUUCGUGUGCCACGAAUGCGGGCGCGGGUUCCCGCUGAAGCGCCACCUUGUGACGCACAGCAAGUACCACGCUGGCGAGCGGCCCUACGUCUGCUCCGACUGUGGGGAGAGCUUUGCGCAAAAGGAACAUCUUGUAAUGCACAGUCGGUUUCACGGCUCGUUGUCACCGUACGUGUGCAGUGACUGUGGUGUAACAUUCGCUCGCAAGUUCCAGCUCGUGAACCACGGGCGUGUGCACGGCAGGGUCCCGCACGCCUGUCCCGUCUGCGGGAAGGAGUUCCUGCAGAAGAGAACCCUUGUGGCACACAUGAAAGUCCAUACGGGUGAAGGAGCAGUAGCAUGCUUAGAAUGCGGAGAAGCCUUCAAAUGUAAACCGGAUUUGCUAGAGCACUAUAAAAUGACGCGACAUUGUUUAAGUGCAUCUCAAACUCAACAGCAACAACAACAGCAACAACAGCAGCAGCAAGCACAACAGCAAGCUCAACAACAAGCACAGCAACAGGCCCAGCAACAAGCUCAGCAACAAGCGCAACAACAAGCACAGCAACAAGCGCAACAACAGCAACAACAACAAGUUACAGUUAUAAAACAAGAUGACUUCAAGCCACAGAUUGUACAGGUAAUAGGUGCUGACGGCCAAAUAGUUAGUGAAAAAACAACGCCUGGUUAUUCUUGUCCUGAAUGUGGUUCCUGCUUCAAUACUAAGGAGGCGCUGUCGCUGCACGUGCGUCUGCACGCGGGCGACCGCACGUGCGUCACCGACCUGUGCGCGCUCACCGCCGCGCUGCAGCCCGGCCUCGUCGCCGCCGCGCACGCCUCGCACGCGCAGCAUCAACCAAUUCAGAUAAUAUCAUCAAAUCCCAACAAUGUUGUUCACACGCAAGUUAUAGCUACAAAUCAUCACGUGACGUCUCCACGGCCGAAAAUACAUUUCUGCGGCGAGUGUGGAAAAGGUUUCGCAGCUAAACAUGGUCUAUUAGCACAUCAAAGAAGGCAUCCCGAUGGCAGCUGUACCCUCCGCACCCACGUGUGCGACCAAUGUGGGAAGGCCUUCUUCCAGAAGAAUCAUCUUAUGUUGCAUCAGAGACAGCAUAUGGACCUGCCGCCCAGAACUGUACCCGUAUGUGUAUCCCGUAUAUACAAAAAUCAACAAGUACAACCCGUAUCGCAACAAGCGCAACAACAAGCCCAACAACAAGCUCAACAGCAAGCCCAGCAGCAAGCGCAACAACAAGCUCAGCAACAAGCAGCGCAACAGGCGGCGCAACAAGCGCAGCAAGUUCAACAGCAGGUGCAACAGCAAGUUCAACAACAACAACACCAGCAGCAACAACAACAACAUCAGAAUAGCCUUGAGAUGGAUCAAGACCAUCAACAGGCAACACACAUACAAGUAGUUACAAACAGAUCUGGGCAAGUGAUAGGCAAUCAAAUAGUUGUGGGCACCGUGGGCGUGGGCCGCCGGUUGGUGACACCGCAGCUGCACAUAGUGGGCAGAGACACCAAGCCGCAGAUCACUCACAUACCACACACGAAACACCAUAAUGCUAGACAACAUACUACCAGUGGUGACGCUAAAGACAUCGGCGGUCUAGUCCUGUCCGCGGGUCGGAACGGGCUCAUCAAGUACGAGAUCUCACUGCCGCCGCAACCGACUUCCGUGGUCCAAGUGCAGCAGUUAGACUGA